AUGUUCCGUCGCAAAAGAUCCUCUGCACAUGCGCCCUUAAAUUCCAAUCCGUCACCAUCUGCCCAGACCGCUGCUGCUCAAGCCUUCAGAGCGUCCCAAGCCAAUGCCGCAUUAUCUACAGCCGCAGCGGCAGCAGCCCUUCGCACACAUACACCUACCCCCACCUCCGUCGAGAACGUCCAGACAAAACCUGGCUCUAGUGAGAGAGAUAUUAGCCCUGUCCCUCCGAUUCCCCAGAGCUUUCUUGCCCAUCAGCGAGCCGUUAGCCUGGAGUCGUCCUCUCGCGCGCGUUCAAGUCGAUCACCUGAUCUACGAAAGCCCAGUUCCCCUCGCUCCCCUCGAGUUUUGAGUAGUCUUCCAGAGCUGGAAAGGCAGGACAGCCGGAGCUCGAUCAACUUUUCCUACCCCACACACGCUCGUCCAAAUUCCCCACCCCAAUCUCCAAUUCAAAAGCUUGCCGCGAAACCUCUAGUUUCUGAUGAUGAUGGAAUGGGCCCGGAUGAAGAACUUUCUCAAAACCAUAUUGUUGCUCGAUCAUCCAAAUCUACGACGACUCCUAUAACUGCAGCUGUCAAGGAAGCCCAGUCAUAUCCAGAUUUGAGUGCUUUUCAUACAGAACAUGACGAAUCGAAGAGGUCCAGGAUUGGAGCUGCUCAUGCAAUCACUGAAACCGAGGCAAGCACUUCUCCUGAAGAGCAAGACCCUGCACACUCCCAUCAUAUGCCCUCCACUGUACACGGGGAAGACACCGAGCAGGACCGUCAUCCUUCCCCCAAAUCAAGCCAAACGAAAGCGCGAACCGUUCAACAAUAUGGUAACCGAGAAGCUGAAACCAAGGAACAACAGAUAACGGAUCCAUCAGAAGUACAUGAUCCCAAAACUAAUCAAACCGACCAAUCCACUGACUCGGGGAGUUUACCCGAAUUUAAAUACUCAGAUAAUCCUAAAGCAGAUGUCGAAAACGAUAAAACAUCUAUGCCAACUGGCUUUACAGUCGAUACCCUGCCAUCUACAGAUUUUGGCUCUACUUCACAUACUCCUUUAGAGGCUCUAUCCAUUGGCCACGCGCACGACACAGUCAGUGCUAGCACCGAAGGUAGAAAUAACGAAAGACCUCAUUCAAUCAGCCCGACUCGUACCACACACUUUUCUAGCCAUCUUGCUGUUUCCCUUAGCGGCGAAAGACUUCAUGACCCUCCUCCACGGUCAAUGUCUCCUGCGAAAUCAGCCUUAAAACACCCAACUCCUCAAUCUAGCCUAGGCAAUCACAAUUCGAAUAACUGGUCUAAAUCGCUUCAAGCACAGAGUGAAUCUCCUGAUGGCACAUCGGUUGAAUCAGAUGAUGGCCAAAGGGAUGGGAACAAAAAACGCACCCCUAAGGUGAGCUUCGAAGAUGAGCCGGAGGUAGUAGGGGCUUCUGCCACUGCUUCAAUUUCUCAAGGGCCGGGGUCACCCAUUUCCUCAAGCCCUCUAUGGGGUUCAGGAUCAAAGAAUUCAAGUCUUGCAAGGAAUGGCUACCGAUUUAACACCAGGAAUGGGAAUGAUGAGGAUGCGUUCAACGAAGUCAUGAAACCUCGUCCGGCACUUCCUUCUUUUGGCAGUAUUCGUGGAAGGAGAUGGUUGAUCGAGGAUCAUGAUAGGCGGCAGGUUCACGACAAACCUUCGUCACCGAGGACAUCAGCUAGUGGCAAUGCAUUCGGCGAAAUAUUACACCAGAGCAAGCAUUCCCGGCCCCAAGAUACCAACCCCUUCGUCCCUGGUAACCCGAUCCCCCCAGAAGUCACGUCAGUUGAAGGGACUGGUUACGAUUCCCCAUCUGAAACGAGUUCAUCCAGCGAGGACUUGGAGGAUCCGGACGAUUAUGCCCAUCCGGGAGAUAUUACUAGCUCCCCUCCAUCGGAGGUACAAAAAGCCUCGAGCGAGAGCCUUGAUGUUGGGGGAAAAGCUGUUAGAGAGCGAUGGCAGAGUGAAAAUAUACCUAUUAUCUCAAUUCAUCCAGCUACUCCUGCUCUUGCGGAGGAAAAUAUUAGUGGAGAGUGGGCCAGGAUGCCAGGAUGGUUUCCAUCUCCAAUGGUUCUUCCAGAACACGAAAUGCGCCAAAACAUUGAUAAUACACGCCAACCAGGACCAGUAAUCCCUGAUUCCACCUCCGAUGCAAGGAUCUCUUCGAUUCCAUACGUGGAUGGUGAUGAAUCCGAUUCAAGUGAAAGUGUUUACAGUGAUGCAGCUGAAAAUUUAUCAGAUCUUGAAGGUGAUGGUUUUGGUUCUAUAAACGCGAUAGUUGACAGCCCUGUCUCUCACGUUUCUAGCUAUUCCCAUACACCUCCCCCGGACAGCCCAACAAACUCCAAAGUUGAUAAAAAGUGGUCAUCCGAUAUUUCAUUGCGUUUCAAUGAGCCUCGAACUUCUUCGCCACUGGGGUCAGUUUAUACAAGCACUCCUUUACCUGUUGUUGAGGAAAGGGUUUCGACUUCGACAGUGUCGAGCAACAAGAAUGGGAAUACAGAGGAUGGUGGAAGCUUGCACAACAUCACAAAUCAGCAGCUCCACCCAAAGUCCGGCCUACAUGAACUGACCUCCACAAGUUUAAGCGGUGCGGCGGUCGCAUCAGCUGAAGCUAGCCCAACGGACUCCGGUAAUGUUGCGCCAAAUGGGCAACAAACUUAUAGGUCGGUGGCAAAUAACCACAAUGCUGCCAAGCAAAAGAAACCACGGUCAAGCAAGCCCUCCAAGCGAACUCCAGGUGAUAAGGCAAGCUCCCAUGAUAAAGGACUCACUUCACAAAAAGGAAAUGACUCAUUUUCCACGAAAAAUCCAAUUGAAAAUGGCCAUUCUACUUCAGGUGCUGCGCCUGGAUCGGAUUUCGGAUUCGCUUCAAAAGGCCUCGCGCAAUCUACGGCAUAUGAUAGCGAUUCUUCAAGCAGCUUCAAGCGUGUCAGACGUUCACCACGGGGUGCCACACGUUAUACCUUGAAACGCACGCUGAGGGGUCCCUCUGACGCCCGGCCAUAUUCCUCUGGUGGGUAUUCUAUCGGCAUUGGUGGUCGUUCAACUUUGCCCACCAGCCAGCAGAGACCGUUUUCUUCAGAUCACAACUUGCCAAUUCGGACGACGCUACGCGGGCUAAAAGGCGGAUUGGACACCAAAUCUUCAUUUGCCAACUUUGGAAGGUCGUCGAAACCCAAGAGAGCUCCAUCUGGGUUGAACACAGGAGCUAAAUCCAAAUUUUCGUUUUCACACAGUAAUGAUGAUGACGUCGGGUUUUCUCCUCCUUUCCGUAGCCGCUAUGAAGAUUCGAGUGACGAUGAUGUAGUUCCCAUGAGCUUCAGUCCUGUUCGCGGUAUCCCCAAACGAAAGGAUGGUGUUGACGGGGAUUCUACAGAUCUCGAGGAUAGCUCCGACGAAGAAAUACCAAAAAGAGUGCUAAGGCGUCCUGACCCUCGCCGCCUGUCUAUCAUACCAAGCAUGGGCCAGCCGAAACCGGUCCCUAGCCUUGACACUAUAACAAAUGGCACCAGAGCUACAGAUGCCACUGAUGAACCCACCAGUGUCAUUCCAAAUGAACCUGGAGCGUUUUUCCCCCAACUUCCUAAGAGGCAAGGAAGUAUUUUUAGCAGGCUUGGUCGCUCAAAAUAUAGGGGUAGUGAUGAUACGAAAAUCCGAAAGUCCGAGCUGGAUAGCGCUGCGAGACGUGAUAGCCCGCUUGAACGCUCCCAUUUCGAGCUCUGGCGGAAUAGGGGUUCAAGAUCGUCAAGGAACGGCCGCAGCAAUUCACCUUCAUCCGGUGCUAAAACAAACGACCCUCAUUCUCAAAAAGAGGCCGCUGUGGAAAAAGGUCCUGUCCAACUAGUGGGAUCAGGUUCAUGGCCUUUGAGCUCCCAUACGAACUCUCCUGUUGCCAUAGGCAGCCCCAUUUCACCCAUUCCUGAAAAAGGAGAAUCAGAUACAGAACGUCCAAAUACUGCUAACAACAUCGCGACAAAUAACGGCACCACCACCUCCUGCGUCUCAAUUUCGGGCCCACCUCUACUAGCGACACCGGGGUCGUCAUCCAACUGGACAUCUCGUUUCCGCCCACGAUUGCACAAUCGACGCGGUACGAACAGUAGUACCAUUAGCGAGGACUCAUCCGGUUCCUCAAAGCCGGAUGCAGGUCUUGGACUGGACGAAAAGAAAAAUAGGAAGAAGCUUUCGCUUCUCAAAAAAGCGUUCGGAAUAAGUUCAACAGACUGA